GUUCUGGGGAACCAAUCAGCGAAGACGUGUCGUCACUUCCGCCUACAGCUAGCUGAGCUGGAAAGGAAGCUAACGAACUAGCUAGCUGAUACAGUCCCUUAAUGAAAGCGCUUUUCACAUGUUUGGGAGCUCGUAUCUAAAAUGAAUGCGAAACUUUUAACAUCUGGCUCAUCUGUUUAAAAAAACCGUAAUAUUUUAUAGCGUAAAAUACCUCCUAGAGUCUUUAUUGUUAGCCACCUGCUAGCAAACGCUGGCUAACGGGACACUAUGGCAAGUGCAGCUAAUGCAAACCUCAAUACAGUCCGGGAGACCAUGGACGUGCUGCUGGAGAUCUCCAGGUUGCUGAACACAGGUCUGGACAUGGAGUCUCUGUCCAUAUGUGUGAGACUGUGUGAGCAAGGCAUCAACCCAGAGGCUCUGUCUGCAGUCAUCAAAGAACUGAGGAAAGCUUCUGAAACACUCAAGGCUUCUGAAAACUGCACUAACUGAAGUUGCAGCCUGAUCUUCUCUGUAUGAACUUUAAUGGGAUCAUGCCCCAUUCCUGGAUCUGUACCUACGAUGGGCGGCCUGUGUGUUGGCGGUGUGUCCUCUGGGCCUCCAUGGUGACUAACUCUUCCUGUUCCCUGCUUUGACUUGUGUCUUGAGUUUUUGUGCGGAGGUGUCGACCUCAGUCCUCGUCUCAAACCCAAAUCUUCUCCCGACAUGAGGGCAUGCUCGGCCAUUUUGCCUCAGAAUUGCUUGCAAGUUUCUCCUCCGGCCAUUUGUAGAGUGGAAGAUCAGAGUGGUUUUAGCAUUUCCAUCCUGCCUUAAUUUAAGAGCAUACUUACAAUUUCUGAUAGUCAACUUGUAUUGCACUUCUCAUAAGAAAAAGUUUUUAUGAUCAUUUGUAUGAAUUGUUUUUAAUUUUGUGUUGGCAUAAUGCAUUUUUCGACUUAAUAAUUUUGAUAUUUUCAUUGUCUGCUUAACCAUCAAUGAUGGCAAAAAGUCUAAAUUAAAAUGUUACAGUCAACGACCACAA